AAAGACUUCGUACUGACAUUGUACUAGCUCAAGACAUUAUGUUGGAAAUAAAGAAAUUGUGUGUCUUUUAUGUUUGUUUCAUAUAUUACAAUACUUUGGGAAAACUUCAAAAUGAUAAAUCCAAACGAAUAAUGUUACAUAGCGAUGAAGAUAUAGCGGCGGAAGUUCUGGCUUUGAAAAAUCAGGUUAACGCCCAGGCCUCCAAAAUAAGUAACCUGGAACUGCAGCUAAUGCAAGAACAGUCUAAAGCAGACGUAACUUCAUCUUAUAUUCGUUGGGGUCGGACAGUCUGUCCCGGAAAUGGUUCCACGGAGUUGUAUAAAGGUUUUAUGAGCGGGACUUUCUUGCCAAGUCAUCUUCAAAUCGGAAAAGGAGCGGGUGCCAACUUCCUUUGCCUUCCGGAUACUCCCCUUUGGGAUCACUAUACCAAUACCAAGAACAACGACAUCUUAGUGACAGGCGUGGAGUACAAUUUCAACCCACACCUAAGCUCUGCUGAACAGAUUAAGUUCUUUGGAACAUCUGUUGGUAGAAGUGAAGCUCCAUGUGCCGCUUGCCAAAUAUCUCGUGGUUCAAACAUCAUGAUUCCCGGAAGGAACGAAUGCUUCGCCGGCUGGACGAAAGAAUACAGUGGUUACCUUGUGGCCGGUUACCCGGGGUAUGCAGAUUCUUCUGAAUACGUAUGCUUAGACAGAAGACCGGAAGUUGUUUUUCAUAGCGGAGAUGCUAAAGCAGAAAACAAUUUAUACUUCGUAGAAAGUCAUUGCGGUGGUACGCUAGCUUGUCCUCCAUACGUUGAUGGUCGAGAACUCUCCUGCGUUGUUUGUUCUAUGUAAGGUCGUAUCUGUUUACCUGCAGUAGCUUGAAAUAUGAAUGAAAUAUUUUCAUUUUGAUUUGUGAUCGUAAUGAAUAUCAAUGCAUAGUUAAUGGUCGUUUGUAAUGUUUUGUUUCUAGGGAAAACAAAUGAGUUUCCGUAUACAUACAAAGGACACGCCUGUUUCCCUGAGCAAAUGUAGUUACUGUAGAGAGGUUACUUUUAACUAGAAAUAUGUCAGAUCGAUUACUCUUGUUCCUUUAUUUCCAUAGAACCAUAUCAAU